AUGGGAAAUAAAAAUAGUUGCUGCUCAUAUUCUAGUCCCCAGAGUAGUCACAGAGAGCGAGUAAUCAUUCCAAUUGAAGACACUUUGCAUGAAGGUGAAAUAAGCACCAGUAAUCUUCAGCAUAUCAGCGAAAGGGAGACUGAUGAUGGAGAACUGGACCCAUCCCAAGACCCAAUGGCAAAAACCAUAUUUAUAGAGAGGUCAAAAACAGCCAUUGAAAAUGGGAUGAUAAGAAGAAAAAGCCAACACCAAAUAGCUGACUUGAGGCCUUUAAAAAAAUCAAGCUCCUGUUCAACAAUCUAUCUAGAUGACAGCACUGUAUCACAACCUAAUCUCAAAAACACCGUAAAAUGUGUAGCUCUAGCCAUCUAUUACCACAUAAAAAAUAGGGAUUCCCAAAGAGAUAUAGACAUAUUUGAUGAGAAGAUGCAUCCACUUACCAGAGAUGGUGUUACUGAAGAAUAUGAUAAAUACAAUCCUGAACAUAAACAGAUCUAUAAGUUUGUGAGAACUUUAUUCAAUGCUGCUCAGUUGACUGCUGAAUGUGCCAUUAUUACUUUAGUGUAUCUAGAAAGACUGUUAACUUAUGCUGAAUUAGAUAUUCAACCAUCCAAUUGGAAACGAAUAGUUUUAGGUGCAAUCUUGUUAGCUUCCAAAGUUUGGGAUGAUCAAGCCGUCUGGAACGUGGACUAUUGCCAAAUCCUAAAAGAUAUAACGGUCGAAGAUAUGAACGAGCUCGAAAGGCAGUUCCUCGAGUUGCUCCAGUUCAACAUCAACGUCCCCUCCAGCGUCUACGCCAAAUACUACUUCGACUUGCGCACUCUAGCUGAGGCCAACGACUUGACGUUCCCUAGCGAGCCUCUCAGCAUAGAGAGGGCGCAAAAGUUGGAGGCCAUGUCUAGAACGAUGGCCGACAAGUACACCCAGGAGGCCCUUAAAAACGGCAUUUUAAAGAAAUGGUCGAGUUUGGAUAAUUUAACGAAUGGGACGACAGCGAGGAGGUCUAUCGCUAUUUUGUCGUGA